GAAGCGGAAGUCGGAGAGGCUACCUGGAGUCGGCUGGGGACAGGUCGCGAUGUCCGGCAACAACGUGGCGGACCCGCGGCGGCCUAAUCGCGUGCUCAGGUACAAGCCUCCAUCUACAGAGAACAACCCUACCUUGGAAGACCCUACACCAGACUACAUGAAUCUCCUGGGAAUGAUUUUCAGUAUGUGUGGUUUAAUGCUGAAGCUCAAGUGGUGUGCGUGGAUUGCUGUCUACUGCUCAUUUAUAAGCUUUGCCAACUCGAGGAGCUCGGAAGACACCAAACAGAUGAUGAGCAGCUUCAUGCUGUCUAUCUCUGCUGUGGUAAUGUCCUAUCUGCAAAACCCUCAGCCCUGCAAAACCCUGCUCUUAUAG